AUGCCCCAAACGACGUUCCCUCAGAAUUCGCCUUUUGUGACACUGAUUACCAUAUUUCCUGUUCCACCGCCUGGAGAACGAAUAACCUUGCAGUGGACACAACAGCCUCUGGCCAAAUAUAAUGAAGAUGAUGUGUUCAACAAUGCAUUUCUCUCCACCGUCGUAUUCAACAAUACGCUUUCGAAUGCUAGACAUGUCUUCGACGAGGAAGCCCGGGAUUUGUUCAGAAAUUCUGGCGCCGAGAAGUUUCUUUACUUUUUCAGACUUGAUUUGGCACCUGGUCCUUAUAUCAAAUUGAAUGGGGAGCUAUGGGAAGCAUGGAGGCUGGUGGAUGAUUCCCAUGAGACUUGUAUGGUUGCUUUGAAACCGCGACAAAGCACGCCGAGCCCAUUUGAGCGCCUUUCGAUAAUGAGUGAAGAAAGCAACGUGCUCAGUUUUGCUAUACCGUCUCGCCUCAAAACGACUAUUAAAUAUUCCGGGGGUAAUACGAAGUUCUCGGUGGCGGGAAAACGCAUCCUCAUCAAGGACAACAUUCAUUUAAACGGCAUCAAGACAUCUAAUGGCAAUCGUGCCUUCUACGAGACAUACCCUGCACAAACACGAACCGCCAGCUGCGUUCAAAAACUAAUCGAUAAAGGCGUUGUUGUUAUUGGAAAGACGAAAAUGUCUUCUUUUGGAAAUUGGGAGGAGCCCAUUCAAUAUACAGACGACCCGGCCCCAUGGAAUCCCAGGGCUGACCGUUAUCAAUCCCCAGGAGGUAGCAGUUCGGGCAGUGCUUCGGCUGUUGCAGCCUACGAGUGGCUUGACAUUGCUAUUGGCACCGACACUUGGGGGAGCGUCACCAGACCUGCUCACUGGUGUGGCUGCUUUGGCCUCCGUCCCAGUCUUGGAGCGAUUUCUGCAGACGGCAUUGUGCCCUGCGUCAAGUCUUGGGAUAUUCCUGGAAUUCUGGCAAGAAACCUGGAAGAUUGCAAACACUUCGCCGAAGAGUGGCUGGAUUUUAGCAACAACAAAUUUAAGGAGUAUCCACAGGAAUUCUCUUGUCUCCUCUGGCCCGCUGAUUUCUGGGAAAACUUUGAAGCCACGGAAAAGGAAAUGGCAAAGAAGUUUGCCCAGAAUAUGGCUGACAAACUAGGGAUAUGCCUUGAAGAGUUCUCUUUCAAAGAUUGUUGGAGUAAAGAGGGACCAAAGGGGUGGCGUAAAGAUUCCUUGCAAGAAUUCAUGAAAGAGACUACCCAGGCUAUGGCGUACGACAGCUACAACAAUAGUGAGGACUUUCGUACUAAAUACAAGCAGCGUAAUGGCGCAGAACCUUACACGUCGAAGCCAAACGAGGAUACUUGGUCUAUCGGAAAGAAGACAAGUCGGCAAACAAGAGACAAUGCGUUUGCAAGAAUUGAUGUUUACCAAAAAUGGUUCAAAGAUCAUUUUUUCACGGAUGAGCGCAAAAAAACUAUAAGUGCCAUCAUAGUACUGCCUCUCGAUAUAGCAGGCCCUCGAUACAGAGAUGACUGUCCUGGAGAUGACGAUCCCAGUGAUAACGAUCCCAGUGAUAACAAUCAUAGUGAUGGUUUUUCUAGUGACCACGGUCAUAGGGAUAAGCAUCCUGGAGAGGGCUCCCACAGCAAUCACGAAUCCAUCAAUGGGACAGGUGUCAGGACAGGUGUCCCAAAGUUAAUCGCCACCAAGUUAAUCGUCACCAAGAUAAUCGUCAUCAAGAUCACCAUCACCAUCACCAAGAUCACCAAGAUAAUCAUCAUAAAGACGACCGUCCGAAGCAUCAACGCUUUGGCACUUGGGCCUGUCAUGGGAGCCCCUGUUCUCACUGUUCCAAUUGGCCAAAUACCGUACGAUUCAAGAAUCAGCAAACGGACCGAGCAAUCACCAUUUGCAGUUGCCCUAAUGGGAUCACCUGGCACUGAUAUCAAGCUAAUCGACAAUGCCAUAUUUGCCAUGGGAUGUUUGAAUAUUCCCAUAGAGGUCAAAACAGGAAGAUUAAUGUACUGA